AACACGUGUUGGAAAAUGGAAUUUGAAUCUAGGACGUCCGGGUCGGAGGUUCCUCGUCGCGGGGAGGAGCGGAGCGCUCCGCCAAGCCUGGGAACUCCGGGAGGCGGACGGAAGCGUAAGAGCAACUCCGAGGGCCCCCACCCCCACCCCCACCCCGCUCCGCGGAGAGCAAAGGGCGCAGGCGCGAAGGGGAGCAGGCUGGCUGCCGGGAAGAUGGCGGGAACCGGGUUGCUGGUGUCUGCCGCAUCCUUGGUGCGACCGAAGAGUUGGGACUGGGCUACCAUCACCUUCGGCCUCGCCGCAUUGCUCUCUCGAAGGAUCGAGAGGACGCCCCGGAGGCUCCCAGUUUGCAGAUGGAGGACAAAUUUUUCUUACCUUAAUCGACCAGACCUUCCAAAUCUGGCAUAUAAGAAGCUAAAAGGCAAAACCCCAGGCGUUAUUUUCAUCCCAGGCUAUCUUUCUAAUAUGAAUGGGACAAAAGCAAUGGCAAUUGAAGAAUUUUGCAAAUCUCUAGGUCAUGCCUAUAUAAGAUUUGAUUAUGCAGGAUGUGGAAAUUCAGGUGGCAAUUUUGAAGAAUGUACAUUGGGGAAAUGGAGAAAAGAUGUUCUCUCUAUAAUUGAUGAUGUAGCAGAAGGACCUCAGAUAUUGGUUGGAUCUAGCUUGGGUGGCUGGCUAAUGCUUCAUGCUGCAAUUGCACGCCCAGUGAAGGUAGCAGCUCUCAUUGGCAUAGCUACAGCAGCAGAUAGUGUGGUAGCAAAAUUUAAUCAACUUUCUGUUGAGGCAAAAAAAGAGAUAGAAGUGAAAGGUGUAUGGAAGGUGCCAACAAAAUACAGUGAUGAUGGAUUUUAUGUCUUUCACUACGGUUUCAUUAAAGAGGCAAAACUCCACUGCUUAUUACAUGGCCCUAUCCCUGUGAUGUGCCCUGUAAGAUUGCUACAUGGCAUGAAGGAUGAUGUCAUUCCAUGGCAAACCUCCAUGCACGUUGCUAACCGUGUGAUCAGCACAGAUGUAGAUGUCAUCCUCCGUAAAAAUAGUGAUCAUCGAAUGAAGGAGAAGGAUGACAUCAAACUUCUUGUGUACACCAUUGAUGAUUUAAUUGAUAAGAUUAGCACCUCAAAUUGAAUUUAUGGUGGCACAAAUACAUACUUUAUUGUGUGGUUGAUCAAAAUCCUCCAUAUUGUAAAUACACUGAGACUUUCCUUAAUGCUACAUUUGCACAGAUGAUAGAUAUUGUGAAUAAAGUAUAGGUUGCUUUUGGAAAUCUUUCUCUUUCCUUCCAUUCUAGUUUUUUUUUUUUUUUUUUUCAUUACAAUGUUUCCUACACUCUUUUUUACCAUGAAAUUGUGUUGACUGUGCCAACUGUUAUAUUUGGUUAAUGCUUCUUGAAUUGUAAAAUAAAGCAUAGUUUUUCAUUUAGGACCAUUAAAUAUGAAGAUUUGUGAAAUAAUUGUAAUAGUUUUAUGUUCAGGUAUAUAAAUUCACAAAAUAUAUCAGAAUUGUUCAGUGAAAUUAAAUUUUGAAAAAAUCUGAUAAUAAUAAUAAAGUUCAAAAUGCAAAAGAUUGUGGCUUUUAUGAAAUAUGUUAUUGAUAGAUCCUAUAAAAUAUUUUAAAUUAAGUUUAUCAGAAAAUUAUUCCAAGUACCUUCAUGUGAAUUAAGCAUUAAGUUUGCAAACUUUGUUUUAUUUAGAAGUUAUAUUUAAAUUUACUUCAAAAUUUCCAGGAUCCAUUAUUUUAUUCAUAUGUGUACUUUUAGGCCAAUGCAUAUUGUAAUCCUUCCAUGCUUUCAUGAAUUCUUAAAAUUAAAGAGUUCGAUAUCUGAAUAAACCUUGCCACGUUUAA